AAAGUUUGUAAAAGCGUUAGGUUGUCACAAAUAGUGUCAGGGUCUAUUUUACCGCCUUGAAACUUUGGUGACAGUCAUUCAUACUGUCUUCAACGACGACUCCGUCAGAAAGGCUUGCAAAGUAGUUAAUUUAGCCUCAACGCUAAAAACAACGGUAGCUAGCGGCAUCUGUGAAGCUAGUUAGCUAACUUAGUUUUUACUUUUAAGCACAAAUUGAAGCUGUGUGUUUUCUCUUAACAUCAGAGUUACACACGAGCUAGCAGUUAACAAUGCAAGACCAUGGUAGUCUUGAGAGAAGGAAUGUGUCCUGGACUGGAUGAAGAUUUAGUGCGUGACCUGCGAGCUGUCGAUAUUAAAACAGUGGAAGACUUGGUCUCGUCUGACGUUGAGGAACUUGCUCAGAAGUGCUCUGUGUCAUAUAAGGCUCUGUUUGCCAUCCGCCGAGUGCUGUUGGCCCAACACACAGCAUUCCCCGUGUCAGGCGCUGAUCUGUAUGAAGAACUAUUGAGCUCAACAGCCAUCCUUUCCACUGGAAAUCCCAGCCUAGAUAAACUGCUGGAUUCAGGCUUGUAUACUGGAGAGAUAACAGAGCUGUCAGGAGGCCCGGGAAGUGGCAAAUCUCAGGUGUGUUUCGGCGUCGCAGUGCAAAUUACUUACCAGCUGAAACAGAGUGUAAUAUUUAUUGAUACAACAGGAGGGCUCACUGCCAGCCGGUUGCUUCAAAUGCUACAAGCUGAAACAAGUAACACAGAAGAGCAGAUGGAGGCUCUUCAGAGGAUCCACGUAUUCCGUGUGUUUAACGUUUACUCUUUACUUGACUGUCUGUACAGUCUUCGCAGUGGUGGGCUUCAACAGGCAUCAGUUGGCGGUGGCUCUGUCAAGGCAGUGAUCGUCGACUCUGUGUCAGCAGUUAUCUCUCCUCUACUGGGAGGCAAACAAAAUGAAGGCAUGUCCUUGAUGAUACAAGUGGCCGGAGUUCUGAAGACAAUGGCGAAGGACUUCAAUGUUGCUGCUUUGGUUACAAACCAUGUCACAGGAAGUGGCAGCGGGGAGCUGCAGCCAGGUCUCGGUGUGUCGUGGAGUCACAUCCCAAGAACCAGGAUCCUGCUGGAACGACUAGAGAGGGCUUCAACCGUCAGCCACUCAAGUGUGCGCUCUGCAACACUGAUCAAGUCUUCUCGACAGCCUUGUCACAUCAAAGAAGAGUUUGACUUGCAGUGGUGGAGUCGCUCUGAAGAAGGAUCAUCAGGAAAGAGAAAGCUGGCUGAGACUGAUUCCUGAUGAGAUCCAACUAUUCUCUGACCAAAGGGGGGUACAACACGCCUCUUGCGGAUACAUUCCCAGAUCCAGCUGGGGGAGACUUUCUGGGCCUUGCUGUCCUCUUCGGGUUCUGCCAGUGUAUGUGUGGCUGAGGCAGCAUCAUAGUCCGGUACGAGGUCUCCGUCGUAUGCCACAAAGUACCGUCUCAGUUUGUCAAAGUCUUGCACAGAGACUGGCAGGAAAAGCUUCACUCCGCUGAAGAUAUCCAGCAGUGUCUACAUGAAACAUAUAGUCAGCUGAGGAACUUUUCCAAAAAGCUUUCAUUUUUAAGUGGUGGUAAAGCUGUAUAGCAUUCAGUUCAUAAUUCACUACAACAUUACACAACUUAAAAUAGUCACCUUGUAUUGCUAGAACAAAAAGUCCUGCAAUAAAUAAAUUAAAUAAAAAAUAUAUUUAACAUGACUGAAACAGUUUUUUUUUAUUUUUUAUUUCUGUAUCACUGACCAUCUGUUUUGAGAACAUUGCACUGGUUAUAUUACUCCUCAGUAAUAUAAAGAACCAUAGUUUGAAUGUGUGGUCAGUGGCUCAGCACUUGUCUUUGUUUAUAGUUAAAUAAAGAGAAAGACCUGUUUACCAA